AUGGCUUCCGCCGCCGGAUCCCCUCCCGUUGGCUUCUCUUUCUCUGAGCUCCUCAACGGGGGCAUACAGGGCGACGCAAGCGACUGCUCAAAGCCACCGCCCGCGAGCUGCGGGUUCGCUGGAGCCGGCAUGCCCAAGUUCAAGUCUCUGCAUCCGCCGUCGCUGCCCAUCUCGCCGGCGGCUCUCUCCCCUUCAUCCUACUUUUCUAUGCUGGCCGGCCUCAGCCCCGCCGAGCUGUUGGAUUCCCCCGUCCUCCUUUCCUCUUCCGGCGUGAGUGUUCCAUCUGUGUCUUCUGAUUCUUUUUCUCUCCGGUGGGGAAGAUUUUCGAUUUUCUGAUCUGGGAAGCUCAUCCCCUUGCAGGUCUUGUCGUCUCCGACCACCGGAACCCUUCCUGCUCAGCAGUUCAACUGGAAGGCGAGCUCGAAUUCUCUCCCCGACUUCUCUUUCAAGACCCAUCCUGCCCCCAGCAGCGAUUCCGCUUCCGCCUUCCCGACCUCCCUGGUAGGUCCAUCGCCACGGUUUCAGUCUUCCUGUCUUCUUCCUCCUCGGCAAAUCUCCGGUUUAAAGCUUCUCGAUUCUCUCGGUUCUUGAUGCAGGGCGCCCAGCAGCAGCAGAAGCAGACGCAGAAGCAGAAGCAGUGGAUGUAUCAAGAACCCAGCAACAGGGCGGCAGCGCCGCCGCCGGACCAGGUGCUCCCGAAUCAGACGAACUCCUCGCCCGAGGUCUCCUCCGUGGGGUACGAGUCCGACUCCUGCCAUCCCGGCCAUGGCGCUCAGGCAGUCAACGAACGCAGGUCACUGGACGACGGGUACAACUGGAGGAAGUACGGGCAGAAGCAGGUGAAGGGUAGCGAGAACCCCCGCAGCUACUACAAGUGCACUUAUCCUAAUUGUCCGACGAAGAAGAAGGUGGAGAAGAACAUGGAGGGGGUGAUUACGGAGAUCAUCUACAAGGGCCACCAUAACCAUCCGAAGCCACAGUGCACGAGGAGGAAUUCGUAUUCCCAGCAGAUCUGCCACCCCACGGCCUGCGGAUCGGCGGCGGUGGUCGACUCCCCCGCCACGCCGGAGAAUUCUUCGCUCUCCUUCGGCGGUGAGGAGAUCGACGACGACGACGAACCAGACGCCAAGCGCCGGUAAGUCUCAACUUAAAGAUUUCAUUCCCUCCUUUCCUGUAGAUUUCCUCAGGGGAGACGGCUUCAGCAUGGUGUUUUUCUGGUUUUCUCAGGAAGAAUGGAGAACACGAGGGGAUCUCAGCUCCGGCGAACAAGGCGGCGAGGGAGCCGAGAGUGGUAGUCCAGACCACGAGCGACAUCGACAUCCUUGACGAUGGAUACAGAUGGAGGAAGUACGGGCAGAAAGUGGUGAAGGGGAAUCCUAACCCGAGGUUUGAAUCUCCUCCUCUCCCCCUCCCUCUCUGCAGUCUAAACCCUCUGCGGUUUCGUUUCUCUCUCGAGGGGGGAUGUUCUUAAACUUUCCAUUUCUGGGCUCUGCAGGAGCUACUACAAAUGCACCAGCAUGGGUUGCCCGGUGAGGAAGCAAGUAGAGAGAGCUUCCCAUGAUCUGAGGGCGGUGAUCACCACCUACGAGGGGAAGCACAACCACGACGUCCCCGUCGCCCGCGGCAGCGGCCUGCCGGCCGUCAGAUUCCCCGGGGAAGGCGCCGCCGCCGCAGCUGUGACCGCCAUCAGGCCCUCCGCCACCGCCGGCAACUCCUUCUCCGGCAGAAACCAGUCUUCCGGCGGUCAAGCUCCGUUCACUCUGGAGAUGGUGCAGACUCAGCAGGGGGGCUUCUCCUUCUCAAACCCCCCGGAGUCGUUCUUCUCCAGAGCGAAGGAAGAGCCCAGAGACGACCUCUUCGUGGAGUCUCUCCUCUGCUGA